AUGGUCUCGAAUAAGGUAUGGACAGAACAGGAAACGGUGAUGUACACGCAACUCCAACCAUGGAGUUCAGUCAGAGCACUGCCCUGUAUGGAGCAAAUAUCUGGGCCUCCGAUUCCUGUUCGAACCGGAGAAUAUUACAGAACCCCAAGGCCACAUCCGUGGCGACCAACUUUAGGCUACGAAAAUAUCGAAGUGAUGCCUUUACCUAGUCAACCACUGACGAGUCAAAUGGUCGACCCGUGUUACACCCCGAAUGGAAUGGCAACCGAACCUCUUCGCUUUCCAAACUUGGUCACAGGGUUUGAAAGGAACCCUGCGCAUGCUGCACGUGCGGCGCUUUACACUAGAUACACACCUUACGAAUGGGUUCAAAAUCAAAUCAGGUUUUACAACGAGGCUGAUUCCAAUAAGAAUUUUUCCGAAAAACUUCGAGCCGACACUGUCCAGCUCAUGAGGCUGGCUGAUGAGAAGGUCCAAGGUGGACAAAGAGACACGGGUCGGAAGAUUGGGGAAAGGAUAACUGACGUAACAUUCUGGAGGAACGAACUUGCUUUGGAGAUUCAGCGAUUGAUUAUGGAAAACGAUAGGAUGCAAGAGUGUCGCAGGGUAUUGCAGAAGGCUAUUCAAGACUUGGACGGUCAGCUACACAUCGCCCAAGAGUGCCUCUAUCACAGAGAGUCGAGAAAAGGGACAGAGUUGGUUCACGAUGAAACUGAACAAGCGUUAUUGAAGGAGAUCGAGACGGUGAGAAAUGGUCAAAAAACGCUCGAACAAUUCACGGACAAAUGCAUUGACCAGUUAAGAAACGGCCGAGCGUCGCAGAAUCAGCUAGAAGUGGACAUAAAGAACAAGGAAGGGGCUCUUGGAAUAGACACCAUGUGUCAUCAGCUGAAUAACUUCAGCCGAGGCCUGCAGUAUUACGGUGGGAUUGAAAAAUAUGACCCAUGUAUCACCGAGGCUGAGUCUUGGGCCGAGGCUUCGAACAGUACGGUGAAAAGAUCACAGGCUGAACGGUCCAGGUCCUGUAAACUCCGAAGUGAAAUUGAAAUCACCAUAAACGCGGUGGCGCAGGAAAUGUGGGAUGCGUGGAGCAACACGAAUAACGCGUUGGCGCGUAGAUCGGCCGAAAUGCUGGAGGCAAAGAGCAAGCUGCAAAUACAUUUGCACAAGAUUCAGAGGGAAAUAUUUGAAAUAGAAAAAAACCUCGAGCUCAUGGGUAAAGCGAUAGCCGACAAAAGUUCGGCUCUAAAGGUGGCCCACACUCGCCUCGAGGCAAGAACACAUCGGCCCGAGCUUGAACUUUGCCGUGAUUACGCCCAGCUCUGUAUGAUCAGCGAGGUGGAGGCGAUUAAUGGAAUGAUUGGCGGUAUGCACAUGAAGAUGCAGCAAAGCGAAGCCCAGCACCAACAACUCCUGAGGACGAGAGCCAAUUUGGAGUCCGACCUGAAGGCUAAAGUGGACGCCUUGUUCGUGGACAGAGAAAAAUGCAUGGGAAUGCGACGGAGCUAUCCGAUAUCUGCGACGGUCAAGUACUAG